AUUAUGUUUUGGCAAAAUUACAAUUUGCAAGGUUGAUUGCUGCUUACGAAUGUGUUUACCGGGCUGGAAUUAAGAUGUUUCUUGCACUCAAUAAAUCGCGGUGGUGUAAAAAUUGUAGCAUUUUAAAUCGACGGGCACUUGCCGCACCAGUUUCAGCCGGAAUCAACGAUGGAUGGGUAUCCCAAAGGAGGCAGCAACUAAUUGCGCGUUCGAUCUACUCCGGAGGCAGUACUCUUCAUCAACAGCAACAGUUUGAUCGUAGCAGGGGUGAAAAUUUCAAUCAGUAUGGUUUAACGUCCGACGCAAUAAGCAGCGUCCCGCCGAAGAAUGCCCGCGUGGUCAUUUGUGGGGGCGGGAUCAUGGGUGCGGCCGUGGCCUAUCAGUUGGCUCAGCGUGGGUGGGGUCCCCACACGGUGCUCAUUGAGAAGGGCCGCAUUGGCGAGGGGAACCCGUGGCAUUUUAGCGGGUUGUUGGGCGAGCUGAAACCGACAGACUCACAGGUUCGGCUGGCGCAAAUUUCGCUGGAUCUGAUCAAGGAGUUCGACAAGAAGGGUCUGCCCACCGGUUGGAAGCAGACGGGGUCGCUGAAUUUGGCGCGAACGAGAGAUCGCAUGACGUUUUUUCGGCGGAUGAAGUCGCAGAGCGCCGCAUGGAACGUCGAAUGCGAGCUGGUCUCACCGGAGCGAUGCAAGGAGCUUUGCCCGAUCAUUGAGACCGAUGAUCUGGCCGGUGGCCUGUGGAUUCCGAACGACGGCGUCGGCAAUCCAAACGCAUUUUGCCAUAGUUUGGUUAAGGAAUCGCUCGACAAGGGAGUCACCGUGGUCGAACACUGUUCAGUGUCGAAGAUAAUUCAACACGAUGGAAGGGUGAAAGCCGUUGAAACCAGCAACGGAACCGUGGAGUGCGUUUACUUCGUCAACUGUGCCGGCUUCUGGGCCCGUCAGGUUGGCCAAUUGUCCGAACCGUACGUGAAGGUUCCGCUGCAUGCCGCCGAGCAUUACUAUCUGCACACGAAGCACGUUUACAAUCUGCCGGAGAAGCUACCGGUGGUUCGCGAUCUGGAUGGUCACAUUUACUUCCGGGAGGCAAAUGAUGGCUGUUUGUUGGCCGGUGGGUUUGAAACGAAGGCCAAACCUGCCUACGAAGACGGGGACACUCCGGUGUCGAUUGCUGAGAGGAAGCUUCCGGCCGAUUGGGACCAUUUUCAUCCGUUGCUUGAGGAAUUGUUGCGCAGGAUUCCGAGUUUGAAAAAUGCCACCUUGGAACGGUUGUCCAACUGUCCGGAGGCGUUUUCACCCGAUUGUAAGUGGAUUAUUGGAGAGGCACCAGAGAUACAAAACUAUCUAGUUGCUGCUGGAAUGAAAACAGUUGGAAUGUCUGCUGCUGCAGGGGUUGGACGAGCUAUUGCGGAUAUUAUCACUCAAGGCUACUCAUCAAUCGACCUGCACGAGCUGGACAUUUCCCGCUUUCUGGGCUUGCACAACAAUCGCAAGUUCCUACGGGACCGCGUUCGCGAGGUGCCCGGACUUCACUACGACAUGAACUAUCCGUUCUACGAGUUCCGGACGGGCCGGAACCUGCGCAUGUCACCCAUCUUCCCGGCUCUCAAGGAAGCUGGAGCGGUGUUCAGCCAGGUAAUGGGCUACGAACGACCCGCGUGGUUCGACAAGAAGAACUCACUGGACGAGAAGGGCGUUCCCAAGUUCCGUAUUGCGACGACGAAUGGGUUUGGCAAACCGCACUGGUUCGAGCACGUCCAGAACGAGUACGACGUGUGCCGGGAGCGGAUUGGACUGAGCGAUUACAGUACAUUUACGAAGAUUGAUUUGUGGUCGAAGGGACGGGAGGUCGUCGAUUUGCUCCAGUAUCUUUGCUCAAACGAUAUUGACCAGCCGGUGGGGGCGAUUAUCCACACCGGAAUGCACAACCGACACGGAGGGUACGAGAACGAUUGCUCGCUGGCGAGACUGUCGGAGAAUCAUUACAUGAUGAUUGCUCCGACGGUUCAGCAGGCACGAUGCAAGGCCUGGAUCGAUCGCCACCUGCCUCCGGGUGGUCGAGUGAGUGUUUCGGACGUUACGUCAAUGUACACGGCGAUCUGCAUCAUGGGACCGUUUACUCGAAUUAUGCUGUCGGAGCUGACCGACACGGAUUUGUCACCGAAGAGUUUUCCCUUCUUUACUUGCAAGGAAUUGGACGUGGGUCUCGCCAACGGGAUCCGGGCCUUAAAUCUGACGCACACCGGAGAGCUGGGCUACGUUCUGUACAUCCCGAACGAGUUUGCGCUGCACGUGUACACGAAGCUGAUGGAAGCCGGUCAAAAGUACGGAAUCAAGCACUGUGGAUACUACGCGAUGCGUACGCUGCGUGUGGAAAAGUUCUUUGCGUUCUGGGGUCAAGAUCUGGACACCUUCACCACCCCGCUUGAGUGCGGACGCAUGUGGCGUGUGAAGUUCAAUAAAGGAGUCAACUUCAUCGGACGGGAUGCGCUGUUGGCGCAGCGGGACAAGGGAGUCGAGCGGAUGUACAUUCAGCUGUUGAUCAACGAUCACGACCCGGACAUUGAUUUGUGGUGUUGGGGAGGGGAACCGAUCUACAGGAAUGGGGUUUACUGUGGUCAGACAACGACGACUGCGUAUGGUUUCACUUUUAAAAAGCAGAUCUGCCUGGGCUUCGUGAAGAACCUCGACUUCAAGGGCAAACCCCUGCCAGUCACCAACGACUUUGUGCUGAACGGCGACUACGAGGUGGAAAUCGGCGGCAUUCGGUAUCCGGCCAAAGCGAACCUGCACUCGCCCAACCUGCCGACCAAAUAUCCGGACCAGGAGCGCGAGGCGUACAAGGCGACGCGCGACAAACCGGACGACAACAAUUUGCUCGCGUACAGCAAAACCUAAAUUACGGGCUGUGUAAUGUGUAACAUGUGUGCGUGUGCGUUUGUGAGUGUGAAUCGCGAGUGCGAGUGACAAUACGUUCGACAUCGGAAAGGAUAUUAAAGUGCUUUCAAUCAUUUCAAAAAUGAAACAAUAACCGUUUAUGCUCCAACUUCUAUAACGUGUGUGCGUGUGUGUGUGUUUGUUGCUCUCGUUUUGCAAUUGUCAAUUAAAUUGGUCUUCCUUUUUUUAACCAUUAUUUUUACAUCAGUCAGUGUUGUUGUCCUUUUACUGUACUCUAUUUGUACAGCGUUCGAAAAAUAUUAUUAUUAAUCUUAAUAAAGGCAAUUGUGCAUACGUAA